UGCCCUUCACUUUGAAGAAGAGAGAAAUGAAAACAGUGUUGCAGAGAAGAAGUUGAAAUGGAAAGGAAAAGAGAUGGAACGCAGAUGAAGAAAGGGCGUUGGAGUGUUGAAGAAGAUGAGGUUCUGAUGAACUAUGUCAACGAGUUUGGUCCAAGAGACUGGAGCUCCCUUCGAUCCAAAAGACUUCUCCCUAGGACUGGAAAAUCCUGCCGUCUCCGUUGGGUUAAUAAACUUCAACCCAACUUGAAGACAGGAUGCAAGUUUUCAGCAGAUGAGGAGAGGUUGGUAACAGAAUUACAGGCACAGUUCGGGAAUAAAUGGGCGAAAAUCGCUACGUAUUUUCCGGGAAGGACGGAUAAUGAUGUGAAGAAUUUCUGGAGUACAAGGAGGAAAAGUUUGGGACGACGGAUUUUGCAAACCCCACCACAGAAAUCUCAGAAACAUAACCAGAAAAUUUCAGAAUCUCAAAGACUUCAUCAUGUAUUGCCUGAUUUAGAGGUUCCUACCUCCGUUUCCUCUCAGCUGGAGAAACGAUCAUCAACCUGGAACGAUCAUGUCGAGAAAGAAUUCGAGUUAGGAAACACAGAGAUGCAUAAAAUGGCAUUGUUAUCAGUACAGUCAAAUAUGAUAGCUAUGGAAACUGAGAAUCAAAUAUUUGGAACUCCAUCCGUACACAUGCUAGCACCCUUUGACCCUUUUCCUCAUUGUUGCAUCUCCCAAAUCACCCAAUCCUCACAAGAGAUCGGGAUGGUUCCAGACUGCCUCGGACUGUCGCCACACCACAUUGCUUCCAAUUUGCAAGACGGGCUUGAGCCAGGCUAG